UUUUCCUUACUGGAAUCAAAAGUGCCUAUUUUUGAAAGUUUUCCUCCAGCGCUUUUAGUGCAUUACCUGGAUGAUGGGACCUGGCCGAAGAUGAGUGAUGAGUUUAAGAGGGGAGAAGGACAAAGACGGAAGAGCGGAAGAGCGUUGGAUGUUGCCUAUGCAAAUAGGGAUUAGCAGCUAGACAGCUCAGUAGAGCCUCUGUACUCCGCGAUAGGAUAUCUCUGGAUACCCAACGCUGGGGAUAACAACGCCUAGAAGGACCUUUGGGUCUAACCCAGCCGGGCGCUGGUGUUCUUUGGACGGCGGGGAGGCGAGGGUGACCCCAUGCAAAACAGGACAAUCGCGAAGAAAUCCUAAGAGUGCUUCGAAAGAGAUUGUGCAGCUGUUAUCGGCCUUUCCCUCUGUAACGCAGCUUCUUUUCUCUUUCGGGGAAAGAAGAAAGAAGCAGGGUUGGGAAAACGCGGGAGGGUGACAGGUGGAAGACGCCAGUGCCUGGAUCACACCUGUAAAGUUCUGCGAAUGAGGCCGAGCGACUGUAUGACCAAAGGCUCGCUGGGAACCGACCCAAAUUCUAGCACAUGCCCCUUGUGUUCUGUUCUCAAGAUUUCCUGGCUUCUUGUGUGAGCUCCUGGUCGUCUAGAGACCCCGCUGAGAAAGCCCAACCCAUCCCUUGAACCUCUGGGGCUGCCUCUGACAGAGUCGAGGCAUUGAUCCGGCUAGCCCAGAGCUGCCUGCUGCCGUCUUAAGGUCCCGGAUAAAGAAUUCGAGUGAAAGAAAUGGCAGUAGAGCAGUGUGAAAUGGCAGCCCUGGACCCCCACCACGAAACGCCCACGGAAAUACAGGAAGUGCCGCCCACAAUUAAAACCGAGGAGCCGGACGCCCCAGUCCUUGAACCCGAGAUGGGAGCAAAGGGAUCCGAAAAGGCUCCUCACGUUAUCCAGGCCGGGAGCAUUCGGGAGUUUCUGCACAGGACGUCGGGGAAGCAGUUUACUCAGAUCCCGGGCGAGGGGCUUCUUCAGCAGUGGGAGUCUCAGUGGCAGGAGUUCCUGAGGACCCUGGAGUCCCCCUGCUCAGUCUGGGGAGCCCCACAGUUGCCCACGGACCACGCCCCGUGGGACGACGCCAAGGCCUUCCUGGCCUCCUUCGAGCAAGUGGCCGAGGCCUGCCGGUGGCCCAAAGAAGAGUGGGCGGCCCGGCUCCUGCCGGCUGUCAGCGGGGCAGCCGAGCAGGCCUUUCGGAGCCUGGAAGCCAGGGACAGAGAGGAUUAUGGGAAAGUGAAGGCGGCCAUUUUGAGAGGGGACAGCUUCAGCCGGGAGAAGAAGCGCCAGCAGUUCCGGCAUUUCAGCUACCAGCCAGCCGAGGGGCCGAGGGGGGUUCACAGCCAGCUUCAAGAGCUUUGCAACCAGUGGUUGAAGGCCGAGAGGCACACGAAGGAGCAGAUCUUGGAGCUGUUGAUCCUGGAGCAGUUCUUGACCGUCCUGCCCCGGGAAAUGCAGAGAUGGGUGAGGGAAGGCAGCCCAGAGACUUGCGCCCAGGCGGUGGCCUUGGCCGAGGACUUCCUGCUGACACAGCCUGAGGAACGGGAAAAACAGGAGACACAGGAGCCCAAGGAGGCAGACAUGACUUGGCCUGAGGCCGAAGGGACUCACCUGGUUCCGGAGCCCGCAGAGGUGUGCACAGAAGACUGCUGGGAGAUCAGCGUCGCCAGCGAUGCCAGUGCCCUGUUGGGUAAAGAUCCAAAGCUGGACGAUCCCAAGACGGCGGAAAAGAACAAUAACCAACAGGCCAGUCCUUUGCAAGCAAAACCGAAGAAGGCGUCGCCGGCAAGAACUGGGCGAGACGCCGCCCAGCCUUGCGAGCCGGGAGAAGCCUCCGGAAGCUGCAAAGGGCCAGUGAAAGAGACGAAGAAAAGCCCGAAGAAAAAAGUUGGCAAGAAGCUGAAUAAAACCCCGCCGGGGAUCCAGAAGAGUAAACGAGAGACCAGGUCCCCUCCGGGUGGGAAGACCUUCAAGUUGAAACCACCCCUUGUCUCCCCGUCGAACGUCCGGGCCGGAGGGCCUCCCUAUAAGUGUACGGACUGCGGGAAGAGCUUCUGCCGGCGCUCGUACCUUUUCCAGCACCACCGGAUCCACACCGGGGAGAAACCCUACAAAUGCUCCUACUGCGACAAGAGCUUCCGGGAACACUCGCACCUCACCAAGCACGAGCGGCUGCACACGGGCGAGAAGCCGUACACAUGCACCGAUUGCGGGAAGAGCUUCCGCCAGUCGUCCAACCUGCAGAAGCACCUGAAGAUGCACAUCGGGGCCCCCAUCUACAGGUGCUCGGAAUGCGGAAAGAGCUUCAGCCAACGCUCCAAGUUCUGCCAGCACCGUAAGGUCCACGCGAGGGGGAAGAGCUACCCGUGCUCGCGGUGCGGGGAGUGUUUCGACCAGGCCUCGCUCCUCUAUGAGCACCGGCAGACCCACACGGAGCAGAGGUCCCACAAGUGCCCCGUGUGCGAGAAGACCUUCAUCCACCGGUCCAGCUUCCUGAAGCACAAGAUGACCCACACGGGGGAGAAGCCCUACAAGUGCUCGAUCUGCGGCAAGGACUUCAACCAAUCCUCCAACCUCCACAAGCACUACAAGAUCCACACGGGGGAGAAGCCCUAUAAGUGCCUGACCUGCGGGAAGUCCUUCACCCAGAGCUCCCACCUCAGCCUCCAUCAGAACACCCACAAAGGCUUCAAGUCGUACAAGUGCUUGGACUGCGGAGACAGCUUCACCGACCGGUCGCACCUGAUGAAACACAAACUCAGCCACGCGAAGGCGGCCACGUCAGCCUGAGGUCCCCACGUGCUUUUGGAAGGUGAAGGAAUCAUGUUUUUUUUUAAAGGCAGAGAAACAGGGUUAGAUUUUGAAUCUCUCCUCUGUCAUGAACUCUUUCGGAAGCUUUGGGCACGCUCUCUCUCUCUCUCUCUCUCAAUUAGACCCAUCCAUCUGCAAUAUGGUGGAGGGUAAUACUGAUCUACCUCGCAGGGAGGUGGUAUGGACUGCAGAAGCAGAGCGCCCGUGAAAUGCCUUUGGUGAUGGAUUUUGGCACAAAGACAGGAAUAUAGGAACAUAGGAAACCCUACCUGGAGAUGCUGGGAUUCGAACCUGGCACCUUCUCCACGCAAAGCAUGUGCUCUACCCACUGACCUAUGGCCCCUCCCCAAAAGGACUUGCGCCGCUCUGAACGUUAGAGGAGGAAAAUGUGUCAUAGGAAAAAGGGGGUGGGUUGGAGAACAGGUUGCCAAAUAUUCUUUUGUUAAGAGACUUUCUGUCGCCAUAAUUGGAUGAAUUAGAGGUGAGAUUCUUGUUCUUCCUAAGGAAGUCUUGCAACCUCUUCAAGGUUGAUGUAUUUAUUACAGCAGGGGCUCAGGCAGUUAUGUGAAACUGUUCAUGUACGUAAAGUAAAGCCGGCGGCCAUCCCAAAGCGGGGCCGAUGAUCACAUCAACAUCCUGCCUUAGGGUGAACAUAUGAAAAGGAGGGCAGGGCUCCUGCAGCUUUGUUGUGAUGAAGAGAGAAUUUCACCGGGAAUUUCAUGCAUACAAAUGACACCUGCUGAAAUUCCCUUUCCAAUACAACUGUUCAAGAUGCAGGAGGCCUGUCCUCCUUUCCAUAGGGUCACCCUACCAUUGAUAAGCUAACGAACAUCUGCAGUAGGGUGAAAAACUGUCGUCUGGCUUCAGGCCACAGUGGAUAAGACUGAAUUUCCAGAUAAGUUGUAAUUCGAAGUUUUAUGCUGGGGUCUCCCUUUAAGAUUUCUUUAUUCCAGAAGGGCCAAUCCUGGGAGGCUGAAACGUUCCUCUGCUGGAAUUUUCGUUGGGGAAUCGUUUCCAGAAGACCCUUGCCAGCAGAAAAGAAUGGAUGGGCAUAAAAAUCUAUUUCCGCACCAGCAUCAUCUGCUUCCUGGAUAUGGGAACGGUGGCAUGGAAAUGUCUGCUUCCAGGUGGCAGAAUGAUUUGCUACCCGACUGCACACAAGGCUAAAUUUCCAAGUGGCGCAGAGUGGUAAGCGGCAGUUACUGCAGCUGAAACUCUUCCCACGGCCUGAGUUCGAUCCCAGCGGAAGCUGGUUCUCAGGCAGCCAGCUCAGGUCGACUCAGCCUUCCAUCCUUCCGAGGUCAGUAAAGUGAGUACCCAGCUAGCUUGGGGAAAGGUAACUGCGACUGGGGAAGGCAAUGGCAAACCACCCCGCUACAAAGCUGGCCAGGAAAACAUCAGCGAAAGCAGGCAUCCCUCUAGGAGUCAGCAAUGACUCUGCUUGCACAAGAGGUUCCUUUCCUUUCCUUCCCCAUAUGAUGUUGGUAACCUGGGCUCCAUCUAGCAGCCCUGUGCAGCCCUCAAAAAAGGAGAAUUCUUCUUCCCAGGAUUUAAGUUUAUAUUUUAAAAAAACCUGCAAUGUUUCUUAAUUAAUGAAAACCAGUGAAUUGGUUUUAAAAUCAUUUUGAUCACUUAAUAUAUA